CACAGCCAGCAAUUUUCCAGCUUGUGUCACAGGAACCCUACAGUAACAUUAUCAGCGAAGGGUUGGAGAAAGUGAUUCUCCCGUUACUUCCUGACCCCCGUGGAGAAAUGGAACAGGGUAGCUGCCUUCCUAAGCAAGGUGGGUAGAAUCUUAUAACUAUAAAGAAUAGGCCAUUUCCGAGUUGCUCCAAACCUCUGUUUCAAAGCGAGGCUAAGUGCAAAGCAACUGAUUUCUUAUUCUCAUGCAACUAAAACUCAUUUUCGCAAGAAGAAUUCUGCACUUAGCCUCGAUUUGAAAAUGGGGGUUUUUGGAACUCGGAAAUGGCCUAUCCUGGCGCGCUACCGACUCAGCUGCUCUUUUUUUAUAUAUAAGGAUGUUUUUUUUUCUGGCGCAGGCUCAACAGUCUCAUUUUUCGGCCGAUUUAAGGUUGAAAAUGUUCUUCUUGUAUUAUUCUUAAAUUAUAGCUUAUGACAUUGCCGUUUUAGAAUAUACUGGGGGUAUGAAUUAUCGUAAGUGCAGGUUUUGUUUGCUAGUUUUGCAGUUUUGACAAAGUACUAAGUCAAAAACAUGUUAUUGGUAUUGUAUUUACAGAUUUCAAUAGACAAAAUUAUAUCCUUUUCAACUGAGUCUCAGCCUGUGGUUUAUUCUUACGACAUUCUUAAAAUUUCGCAAAUUUCAGCCUCGGUAUGUUUUUAAACUAUAUUCUUAUAAAAAAGAGAGUAAUUAGGCAACAGGGACCUCGAUUCUGCAGAUUUUUCGCACCCUAAUUCUUUUCGCAACGUUUAUUUUAAACUAGUACUUCUCUUGUUUUGUUACAGAUGGUGUUUUGCUAGACUUGGUCUACCUAUUCAUGCAAGAAUUUUGGACGGAAAGGCCUAUUCCACGCCAAUUCCUCUCAUUCUUGCUCAGCCACAGUGACACUGGGUGCCCUGUCGUAGAUUCUCUUACCCUUGCACUUGGUGGAACAAAGGUUAUAAAGAAAUGGGUACAGAAACAAGAUGUUUGA